UGGGCGACUUCUUGGGACGCGAUUGAAGUGGCUUCGGUACGCCGGUUGCGCUGAACGACAUCGUGAUAGCUCGGUAUAGUGAGAGGCUACCAGAAUAGAACGCUGCUGAGGUGAGUGGAAUGUCUGCCUUGUGGCAAGAGAAGUACACGUGAUCACAUGAGCAGGCGAAGGUCACGAAGAAAGACUUAGGGUAAGGAGACAGACGGCUGUGAUGGGCAGACCGAGAUGGAUGCUCGUGAAUUACAGAGAGUGUGCUGCUCACGCGCAAAAGCUUUACAAACCACUUCUUGUGCUGGCGUGGUUAAGAGGAGGGAGGGGGAAGCGUGAAGUGAAGUCGGGAUCGACAAAUGCGACAGCCGAGAGGCUUUCAUCAUGCAUGCAGACAACCACCACUCGGCUCUGCCUUCAAUCAAGUCCUUUCUUCAUGCUUCCUCAAGAGCUCGAGCGAAAAUUGCAACACCGAAGUGGCACGAAGGACUGGAGUCUGCGACUACGACUUGAAGUCGCAUCUUCCAAAUGUAGUACUACACGCCGCCGCAUCAUCACGCAGCAGUCAAGUCUGGAUUAUGCGCCCACCCCCUUAUCAGACACUUCAAAAAUCUCUGCCAUGGAUGUCGGCACCUUCAACUUGGCCUAUAUAUCGGUCCGGAUGGGUUUCCUAUACACGGCAUGCCUCCCGGUUCAAGUUUCGUCGUUAUCAUUACGGACAAAAACGCCCGUGAAUACCCGCUUCUUAUCGUGAAUUUUUGUUUUGUGCACGCCCUACUCGCAGACGCUCUCACGCCCAACCCACAUACACGCCUUGCGCCCUAGGGAGUCGCGCAUCAGAGUCUUUUCCAGGCAUGGGAUGACAGGUAAGUAUGAUCUG